GGAAAAUGAUUCCCCUGUCCAACACUGGCUUAACGAUUAUAUGUAAACAGUGAAAAAAUAUACUUUGUGCGGGUCCAACUGGAUUUGAAAAAAUCCAAUUGGCCAUCAGGCAGACUAUCUUACAGUGCAUAAUUCUCAGAAUAGCGAAAAGAGAUUGCAAAUAAUCAGUAAAUUACACCUAUUGCUGUUGGGGAACAAAGGGUGGCAUAUAAACACCUACACAUACACACUAAAAUAUCCCAGAGGGGCAGCCUGCAUAGUGAAGGUGGAAAAUGUAUUCAGAGGAAACCAAUGGCCGUAUUUGCGAGCAGAUAUGAACGGAAAUUGAUUGAUGACACCCAGGAGCUGAGCUGCGAGAUAACUGCAGUCGAGGAGGUCGACGGACAUACGGAAUACCUGCUGCGCGUGCAGAGGGGGCUUUCUGAGGAGAACUCUUGGAGCGUUCUGCGCCGCUACAAUGACUUUGACCGGCUGGACAAGUGUCUACGCAUCUCCGGCAUUGAUUUGCCGCUGCCUCGCAAGCGCAUCUUUGGUAAUAUGCGCCCGGAUUUCGUAGCUGAACGGAAGCAAGCCCUGCAAGUGUACAUAAACGCCGUACUCAUGAAUCCCAUACUGGCCUCGUCGCUGCCAGCCAAGCGCUUCGUUGAUCCCGAGAGUUACUCGCAGUCGUUCCACGACCAUGCCGUUCAGAAUGCCACGCUCUGUCUGCGAACAGACACUGUAUGGGCCCUCGGCAGCUCCAUGGGCGCCAUAGGCUGGCGCCUGCGGAAGCACUACUUUAAGGUUACAUCCAAGCCACCGGAGAAGAGCAGCAACAAGCUGUUGGUCAAGAGCGGUUCGCAGACGCACCAGACCAAGCACUUUGCGUCUGGCAGCAGCAACGGUAGUGGCCAUUCAAUCGACGCUGGAACGUUGGAGCCAGGGGCCGAAGUGGUGGCCGAAUGGCUGGAAUAUGGACCGGACAAGUACGUGGAAGAAAAGGAAAUCGGAGGAAUCCUCAAGAGUCUCAUGGGUCUGCAGCAUCCGCACAUCGAGCCUGUGAUUUUGGCCUGCCACACCGAAAGUGGCUGCCUCGUCAUAAGAAAAUUCCAUAAACAUGGCACCCUGAAGGACACGCUCUGCAUGGCCACACCCAAGAACCCGUUUCUCAGCAAAUACGGCAAUCCAAAGGGGCGCACUGCCCUCUCAAUGAAACAGGUGGCCACUUACGGCAAACAGAUCUUAGAAGCUCUUAUAUUUUUGCAUUCCAAGGGCUAUGCCUAUGGGCACUUACAUUCCGGGAACAUUGUUAUAGUGGAUGAUUGCGUCAAGCUGCUAGACAUUGAGAACCAUCUCCUGGGUGUUCCAGCCUUCUAUCGGCCGUUCUUUGUGCAGCACAGCAAGAUCCAUGCCAUCGAAACCAUCGAUGUGUACUGCUUUGGACAUGUACUGUUCGAAAUGGCAAUGGGAUAUCCCCUGCAGGAGUCCGUGGUGCGGCAGAUAACUGAAUGUCCAGAGGCGCUGAAAUGUUUAUUGGAAAGCAUCCUCUCGAAAGAGGCCUGCAAGGCCGGGCUACCGACGCUGGAGCAGCUGAUUGGGCACAGGUUCUUUGAACAAUAUGCAUCACCGGAACCCCCUUCUGCCGCCAAUGCAGAGAAGCCCUAUUUCAAGAUCUCACUGCAGGCUAAAGAGCUGCUCAGGCUGGCGGCCACAAAGAGCGAGAAUCGUUUGAGGGAUGAGCAGAAGUCGGUGAAAAACCAAAAGCGCAUCGUGCGCGUCCAGGAGCUGAUGAGCUCCGAGGAGGAGAAACGCAAGUCCAAGCAAAAAGCAAAAUUAGAGCACAAACAGUCGAAGCUAAAGCAGCAAGGUUCACUCCAAACGAAUAAUGGACGCUUGUCGCUUGUGGCUGCGACUGCCACUGCAUCAGCAGCUGCAGCUUCCUCCAGCACCGCGAUGGUGGGCGGGUUGAGUGCGGCCGACUCCUUCAACCGCUCCGACAGCACACCCGAGGAGCCCACACUGGCCGGCCUCAAAUCGCCACCACUCACUCCGGCUCCGCACUUGGCGACCGUUUACCAACAGGAGCUCCCGGCGGUGGAGCGGCAAUCCUCGACGCCGAAUAUGCUGGCCGAAGACCCGGAAGGCGGCGAGGGCGACGAAACAACCCGCUCCGCAUUGCUGGAGUCCAUCUGCAAGUUCAACCGCGGUUCGCUGCGCAAGGUGCGCUCCAACGACUAGAGAAAUUUAUAAAAAAACGUUAAAUUUUUGGACCAAAUGUGGCGUUAUGAAAUAACUGUGCCAUCAGAAUCAGAAAAUGACUCAAAGCUAAUCGAAUCCGAAUUGCAGAAAAGCUAAAUUUUUAGAGGCAUAUUGACACAAAACAAAGAAACAAAAAAAUAAGAGCGUAUUUAAAAGCAUCGCCGAGCAUAGCAUAUAGCAUAUAUCCGAAGAAAAAAAAACAAUCCAGCAAUUACUAUAUGUACUAACGAAACCCACUGAUUAAUAUUAUUACAUCAUAUACGUGUCCACUUUACACUACAUAAUACGAUUUAUCGGCUAAACAAAAAAUGGAAUGUGUCUAUUUAUGUAUACAAGUUAGAAGUCAGACAUUGCGAGACAUUCCGGGAUUCCGGAUCGCAACUAAAGCUUUACAUAUGUGUCCACUACGACUGAAACUUUGGUACGAAUAUCUCUAAAAAUCUAAAAAAUGGAAACAAAAUUUAUCUAAACGGAGAAACAAAAAACAAAAAACUUGAAUGAAACGACAAAUAGAGAACUUAGUACUUUCCAAUAUUUAGAUAAGUCUGCACCAAAAUUGCACGAGACGAAGACGAAGACGAAGAGACGCUAUUCUUUUAUAUAUUAUAUCGUACAUGAAUGUUAGAUGUCUAAGAACUUGUUCCUCGGUGUUGUGCUAUCUCCACCGGUGCGACUAUGCAUAUAUAUCGCCAAUUUUUAGUAGCUGUACUGCAGGUUUUGUAACUGAAUUUGAGUUUUGAUUUUAUAUAUUUCGAUGAGCCACGAAUGUUUUUAAAACACUCUCAACUAUAUAUGUUUAAUGUCUAAAAGAACUCUAGAGUCCUGGACUCACCAAAAAGAUAACGAUCGCAUAUUAGUUUCACCAAAAAAAAAAAAAAAACAGAUGAAAGACAAAAAGGACAUGUGGCCAAGUGAAUACGCACUGUUAUUGAUUUUUUCCUUUUUAUAGACUAUAUUUAUUAGGUGUGUAUUUAUUCGUGUGUCCGAAUUAUGUAUUGGGUAUAUUAUAUUUGAAUAUGUGUAUAUAUAUGUAAUUGAUGUUUUGUGGUCACAAUGAGCACCAGAAAUAACGUAAAUAUCCUUGUACUUGGUAUGUGUAUUAUCGUCUACGACUGUGUAUAUGUUUGAUAUACUUUAAACCGAGCCCACAAAUGCUAACAAAAAACCAAAUGUGAAACAUAUUCCCCCACACAUAUUGCAAACCAAAUAAAGUGUAUACUAAUUGCCGUUGUAA